AUGCUUAAAAAGAAGACCCUGGCGCCGUCCCUCUUCUUCCGGAACCACACCCCGACCGCAACCCCCGAAUUGUCUCCCACAUCCUCCGACAGUGAUUCUGAAGAGGACAUGGAAUCCUCUGGCUCCCGACCGGUCAGCCUGGCGGGAGCCUUCUCCAUGCGGCCAACUCUCGAUGAGGUCCUCGCCAAUGUCGCGCCGCCCCCAUACACUCUGAGCGCUUUCAUGGCCUACCUCUCUCAAAAUCACUGCCUGGAAACCCUCGAGUUCACCAUGGAGGCCAACCGGUACCGAGAAUCCUACUUCGCCCUGCUCGACCGUCUUGGCCCCAGCGCCCUUGAAUCGGAUUGCCCUGAAAGUAAACACAUGCGGAUGCUCUGGCAGCGUCUACUGACUGCCUACAUCUUCCCCGGCUCACCGCGUGAGAUCAAUCUGUCCAGCGAGGUCCGCGACGCCCUCCUGCAGCACGCCAAUGUCACCGCGCCACCCGUGCCCGAGACCCUCGACUCGGCCAUCAAACGCAUUCACGAACUCAUGGAGGAAUCCAUCUUCCUCCCCUUCAUCAACAGUCACACCCUGUCUCCCUCCAUGAUGCCAUCCGACCCCAUCCUGGGUCCAGAUGACUCCCUCACCCUCUCCGCCCCAUCCCUCGACGAACACCCCGUGAAGCGGGUGCGGUCGCGCGUGUCCAAACGCCUCUCCCCUCAGUCGUCCCUCAAGGAUCUUGCUUCUGGCCACAGCCGCUCGACCAUGUCACUCGGCCAAGCCAUCGGCAAGCGCACCUCGGGUGCCUUGUUGAGCACCAGCGUCGAGUCCGGCUCGCUGGCUUUGACGGAUGAUACCUCCGCCCAGUCCAGUCCCACCGCCGAGGAACCAAUGACUCCUCCCACCACCCCGCCGGCCAGUGAACCCCAUCUGCCCAUGAGCCCAAAGCUUCGCACCGAGAACCCAUGGAAGAAGAUGGGCAUGAAGCUUGGGUUCAAGAAGCGGUCUAGCGGGUCUGGCGGCGCGUCGCGGGAUCCAAAGAUCCUUGGAUUGGACGAAUAA